AUGCAGGCAUUCAAGACCUGCGCCUCUUCGGCGCUGCGCCAGGCGUCUCGACCGACCAGAUCCUACGCUACAGUCUCAGCUGCAGCAGCAUAUCAAGAAACCAUCCCCAACCUGAGGAUCAACUCGGACACGAAAGUGCUCUUCCAAGGCUUCACCGGCAAGCAGGGAACCUUCCACGCCCAACAAGCGAUCGAGUAUGGCACAAAAGUGGUGGGCGGCACAAACCCUAAAAAGGCAGGCUCUACGCACCUCGACCUCCCCGUGUUCAAGAAUGUGAGCGAAGGAGUGAAGCAGACUGGUGCCAAUGCGAGUGUCAUCUUUGUCCCCCCUCCUCUGGCAGCUGCUGGUAUCCUGGAGGCUGUCGAGGCCGAAAUCCCUCUGGUUGUCUGCAUUACUGAAGGUAUUCCACAGCACGACAUGGUUAGGGUUACCAACAUCUUAAAGACGCAAAACAAGACCCGUCUCGUAGGACCAAACUGCCCCGGUGUCAUCGCUCCUGGCCAAUGCAAGAUCGGCAUUAUGCCGGGUUUCAUCCACAAGCGAGGAAGAGUUGGAAUCGUCUCACGAUCGGGAACAUUGACAUAUGAAGCUGUCAACCAAACUACUCAAGCCGGACUCGGACAAUCCUUGGUCGUCGGUAUUGGAGGUGAUCCAUUCAGCGGCACCAACUUCAUCGACUGCCUGAAAGUCUUUAUGGAAGACGACGAGACGGAAGGAAUCAUCAUGAUCGGUGAAAUUGGAGGUAGCGCUGAAGAAGAUGCUGCCGAGUUCUUGAAGAGCGAGAACAAGAAGAACAAGCCGGCGGUCAGCUUCAUCGCCGGUAUUAGUGCUCCUCCUGGACGACGAAUGGGUCAUGCUGGUGCCAUUAUCAGUGGUGGCAAGGGUGGCGCCGACUCCAAGAUUGCCGCUCUCGAAGCAGCUGGUGUCGUUGUCGAGCGAAGCCCUGCCUCUCUGGGCAAGGCUCUUCACGAGCAAUUUGUUGCGCGGGAUCUCAUUUAA